CCGGAUACGUAUCUUCGGCGUCCCGGAAGCACAUAGUCACCAAGCUCCGAGCGCCACACGUGCGCGAAGAACGAACCUGCUUGGUAUUUAUUUCUCUGAGUGAAAUGGCCAAAAAGAAAAAAUCAAAGCCGGGAGGAAAAAAUAGGGAGAACAAAUGUAUUGUGACGUUCAACGAGACGGAUCGUCAAGAAUACCUGACAGGAUUUCACAAGAGGAAAGUGGAGAGACGGAAAGCUGCAGUGGAGGAAAUUAAGAACAAACUUAAGGAAGAACGGAAGAGGGUUAGAGAAGAGAGACAUAAGGAGUAUUUGAAGAUGCUGAAGGAGCGAAAUGAGGCCCUCAAAGAAGCAGAUGAAUUGGAGGACGUGAUUACUAACACGACAGAGUCGCUUCAGUAUGAUUUCCCUAACCACACUGUCACCGUGACAACCAUCAGUGACCUGGACCUGACCGCGGCCAGUCGUCUGGAGCCAGUGAAUGCUCAGGCAGAUGACGUUAAUGAAAAUGAGAAGGAGGAUGCAGUGAGCACAGUGCCAAAGACGGCCAGAGCACCGAUACUUUCCAAAAAGCUGUCCUCUCUCACUGCCUCCCUCCACGCUCGCACUAAAAAGCGGAAGAAGAAAGGGACGGUGAGGGACCGGGGGCAGGAGAGAUCAGGAAGAGGCCGGGGGCCAGACAGGAAGUUGGGGCCCACAGACAGGAAGUCCAGACUGGGGCGAACCAGCAAGAAACAGCGACGCAGACGGACGGGGAGGAAGACCUACCAUGAAGACUGAGAGGGGCAGGGAGGUGGUGGUGUCGGGGUCGCCUGGGCUUUUCGGGGACCAAGCAGUUGUGAUGAGCUCCGCAGCGGAAGAUUUGUAAGCUAAUUAAAGGAGGUUGGAAAGAAAUGGCAAGUAACAGCACUGGAGCACCAUAUGACCUCUUUAUCGACUGUGACCUGCAAAACCUGCGCGUUGUUGUUGUAAUGAUGAGCAGUGACAUCUGUCUUAGAUUUCUUUACUCAUGGUGCUUUUGUACUAUACUUGUGUAUAAACCUGAACAAUUAAUGUAUUCACAUUGUUAAUAAAACCCUACCUGUGUUGUCUUUUUGACUACAGCUCAGUUGACAAGAUUAUUGUGUCUUCCAACAAUUGAAGAAAUAAAUCGAGUGAUACGAUA